AUUACAAAUAGUGACCACAAGCAGCAGUUAAAACACAGAUAACACAGACGUCGGCAUGAGAAGUCAUCCUAACAGUCUGUAAUUGACUUAUUGUGGUACAAAGGAACAUUUAUUUGAUCUGUAACUUAAAAUGACAGACUAAUGCUGAAGAAACAUGGCUUCUACUACAAAUAACUCUAAAUCAAAAGACUCAAUCAGACCAUCAGGAUCAUCACAGAAGGACUCAGUCAAACUCAGUGAUGCACCUGUUUCACUUUUGAAAACACUGGGACUUGAAAAGUACUACCCAAACAAGCUGACCCUAAAGUCAUUACUGGAAAUCAACAGUGCCACAUUGUCCAAUGAAAAGCCUGACUCACUGAAAGCAAUACCAUGGGCCUUCCUGAGAAAGUUACUAAUGGUUAAUUCAAACUCAAGGUUUAUAGAAUCUCCACCUUGUGAAAAUGAUGAAUCAGAAGACUUGUUUAGUGAAGAGGACAGUGAUGGUAGUUUUAACCUUCUAGAUCUUCACACUGCUCUCUUUUUAUGUGCAGAUAGUUUUCUUCAGCAAGAAAUGGCACUGAAAAUGUCAAUGUGUCAGUUUGCAAUACCAUUUCUGUUACCUCAAGGAGUACAUAAUCAAUGUACUCUUAUGUUAUGGGCUCUUAGAGCUAUCCUAAAAGAAUGGCGUCCUCAAUCAAUGUCAGAAUCAAAAGGAUUUGUUGAAGACAGUGUUGUUCAUGCAGAAAUUCCCUUGGUAUCAUUUGUGAGAUUAAGUAAUUGCAGUUUGUCCAAGUCUCAAGUUUUGAACCAAGUGCUCAACAAUUCACAGCAGCACCAGGACUUCUUUUCUCAUAGAGAAAUGAUUGGAGGAUCUGCACCUAGGCUAAUUGCUAAUGGCAUGGUUGAACUAUGCUGGAAUCUUCCAUGUGGGAACAAUAGCAUUGAUGUCUUCCCUGAGGCAGUAGCGAUUGCUAAUUUAAGAGGUGACGCUUGCACAUUUGAAACACAAUUCAGGUUCCUUACUAAGGUGUCAACAGCUGUGUUUGUCUUCCUGGACAGUGUUGAUGAAAAUGAACAAAGGCUGUUUGCCUCUUUACAAGAAAUUAAGUCCAGCAUAUUUCUUGUGGUGAACUCUCAAAGAAACAUGACCCAGGUGGUGAAGUCAUCUAUUGAGGCAGUGAUUGAUACUCUGCAGCUGGAUAGAGACCACAUAAUUAAGAAAAGCCAAAAAAUAAAUUUGGCUACUUUUGCUAAAUCGAUCAAUUCUUCCAUUAAGACUGUUCUAACUGAAUCUCACAAAUCAUUUAGAAUUGAUUCCAUGAAGGAGACUGCUCAGGAAUUAGGUCUUGCCAUUGAUGAGAUUCAAAGAAAAGCCUCCGUCUCAGCUGAAGAAAUGGCAGGGAAAAUCUUGAAAACGAUUGGAGUUCGUCAAAUAACAGACUAUAAAAAGACACAGCUGCCACUACAAGGUGAAAAUUGGAAACGACUAGCUAAAAUAGAGAAAGAGCGAUGUAGAUUACUGAAUUCAGGAGGAAUGAGCCUGGAGAAAUACAAGAGUAAACUUCAAAAAGAAAUUGAUGAAAUUUGCAACAAACAAAGACAGUACAAAAUGACCAAAACAAUGGUGAUGUUCAUUGAUGCUUUGCUGAGCUCUGAUGAUACUGAGCGAGCCUUCUUUCUGAAAUGGAUGGGACUAAAGAUGGACAUGCGUUCACGCAAACACAUGUCAAACCUUCGGCAAAAAUACAAAGAGUGUGAACAAAAGAAAGACAGAGAUGCUAUAGCCCGAUUAGACCAGGAACUUCUGGAUUCUUCUCUUGGCAUUGAGCAUUACAUGAGAGAAAUGGGACAAAUCUAUGAGGUUACUUCAUUUGGUUCAAGCAAAAUAUCUGAUAAAAUAAACAAUCUUCCUACUCUGGCUGCCAAACUGCUUUUGGCUGGGUUUCCUCUUGAACUACUUGAUGGAGAUGCAUCAAAUAUCCCAGAGAAAUGGGUGAGCGAUGUUCUCAUGGAGCUUCACAAGAUGGUUGGGGGAAAGAGCCGCGUGCUGGUUAUAACUGUGUUAGGGGUUCAGAGUUCUGGUAAAUCAACACUGCUCAACACUAUGUUUGGAGUCCAGUUUGCAGUGGGUAGUGGAAGAUGCACACGUGGAGCAUACAUGAUUCUCAUCCCUGUGGGUAAAGACUUAAAGGAAGAGUUACUUUGUGACUUUGUCCUUCUGAUUGAUACAGAGGGUUUGAAAUCACCAGCACUGGCACAACUGGAAGACAGUUAUGAGCAUGACAAUGAACUGGCCACAUUUGUCAUUGGUCUUAGUGAUGUAACUAUAAUCAAUAUAGCAAUGGAGAAUUCCACAGAGAUGAAGGAUGUGUUACAGAUAGCAGUUCAUGCAUUUUUACGCAUGAAGGAAGUUGGUAAGAAGACAGUCUGCUACUUUGUUCAUCAAAAUGUUGGUGGUGUAUCAGCAAAUAACAAAAACCUAACUGAAAGAAAAAAGCUCUUGGAACAACUAAAUGAGAUGACAGUGAUUGCAGCUGGGAUGGAAAAGAAGCCUAACAUAAAACAAUUCACAGAUGUUUUGGAUUAUGAUGUCGAAAAGAAUAACUGGUAUAUACCAGGCCUAUGGCAUGGCACUCCACCAAUGGCACCAGUUAAUUCAGGCUACAGUGUGGCUGUUCUUGAUAUUAAGAAAACUCUUUUUGAGAUACUUAGAGCAAGAAAGAAUGAACAACCUUCCCAGAUCCCAGAGUUCCUGCAAUGGAUGAGUAGCUUGUGGAAGGCAGUGAAGUUUGAGAACUUUAUCUUCAGUUUCAGAAACAGUCUUGUGGCCCAUGCCUAUGAGAACCUUUGCAAAGAGUUUUCAGACUGGGAAUGGUCUUUCAGAAGACAUAUUUUGUCUUUGAUCUGUAAAGCAGAGGUUCAGCUGUCUAACGCUAAAACAAGUUCAUUUCGAGAAGUCGCUGAAACACUGAAGGAAAACCUGAACAAAGAGAUUGUAGUUCAAAGAAAAUUAAUAACUGACAAACUGAAAGACUACUAUAAACAGAGGGACCGUUAUGUGCAUUUGGUGGAAAAGUACAAAACUGAUUUUGCUAAUAGCGUUAAUUCGCUGCAGAGUGAACUGACAGAGGAAGUGAGAAAAAGAUUUGAAUUUGCUCUUGAAAAGAGAAGAAACAAGGAGAAAGUUGAAGACAUACAUAAUAAGCAAGCUGCUAUAAUUAAAUGCAAGGUCAUGCAACUUCUGCAGAAUUACAAAGAUCGUAAAGAUGAGGUGACUGACGAGGAUCUCAAAGCUUAUUUUGAAAGUAUGUGGAGCCGUGAGGUGGGAAAUGUCUCUGGUCUUACAGAAAAAGAUGUUCCUCAGGAUGUCUUUAUCAAGUUUCGUUCAAGUUUUGAACAUCGUAACGUCACACAAUAUUUGCAGACAAUUAUGACAUUGACAGAAUAUGGACAAGAACAGUUCAAGGCCAAGAAAGAUCAUGUGAAAUUGGGAAAAUUAAAAUCUUUACUAUAUGCACACCGUAGUGUAAAGCAUGAUCUACAGAAUAUUGCAGACAAUGCCAUUUCCAGUUGCUACACGAUGAUUGAACAAUUUACACAAUCCAAAGGUGAUUACCAACCUGAUUUUACAAAAGAUCUACUUGAUGAAAUUGAUGGAUACCUCAAAAAAGCAGGCACCAAUUAUGAUACAAAAUUUGAAUUUGACCUGAAAUUGCACAUUUGUGGCAUUGCAUCUAGAAGGUUCACAGAGAUGCACAAGAAGUAUCUUGCUGAACAAGAUCCUUUAAAACGUUUACAGAAAAAUAAGAGUCAGUAUCUCUCUGAUUUCAUUGAUUUGUACAGAAAGAAUGACCAGUGCCACAGGAAAGCAAGAGAAUUCACUCAGGUCUGUCUCAAACCAGCAGUGACUGAAUACAUCGACCAGUCCAUCGGACCUGACAUUGUUGAUGCAGUUCUGCAAAAUAACCCAACUGAGUAUAGUUCUCGAGUGCUUUUUCAGUACACAAUUCAAAAGGAGCUACUGGAAAAAUCCAGCUUUGAGGAUUUUGAAAGGUACAUUUUGCAUUAUAAUGCUUUUGUUAAAGGAUGGAUCUACAAUCAUAUCAUUAAAUCCUUUUCCAAAGACAUAUCUCUGCAAAACAUAAAAAUGAAGAAGCUCAACGACAUAAUGCAGAAGAUCAUGAAAGCAAUGGAAACCUCAAAGCUUGAUGACAAUGGAUCUCCGUUGCCCAAUAAUGAAGAGGGUACAACAAAAUUGAUCCAGAACGUUUGCAAAUUUUUAAUCUCUGUCAUCCCAAUGUCCAUGAACACAGUGGAACAGGUCCUCUUUCAGAAUACAAGCAGUUGUGCUCCCUUCACCAAAAGUCUCUAUGAAUGUAUUGAUGAGAUGAAGCUACAGUUAAUAGAUGAGAUCUCCAGGUCACCUGAUAUCCAAGAGACAAUGAACAAUGUGUCUGUGAAGCCCCAAAAUGUGCUCUUUCAGAGAGUGUUUGGAUGUGGGAAAACGUGUCCAUUUUGCAAAAUACCAUGUGAGGCAGGAGGAAAGGAACAUCAGCAACACUAUGCAGCUGUGCACAGACCAAAAGGGCUUUGCGGUUUCCUAAAUGAUAAUGCUCUCUGUGAAGAGAUCUGUACAUCUAGUGUAGUUGGCAACAGAACAUUUGAAACUCAAGAAACAAAUUUUGAACCUCAGCUCUUUAAAGACUACCGGAAAUACUAUCCAGACUGGCAUAUUGCCCCUGACGUGUCUAUAGAAUCCUCGGAUUACUGGAAGUAUGUGAUUGUAACAUUUAAUGACAUAUUUGCUAAACAGUUUGAAGCCGAACCAGCUGUGUAUCCAGAUGAAUGGAAGAAAAUCACUAAAGAGCAGGCUCUUAUUAGUCUGAAGAAAAACUUCAAUAUAAAAUGAGACAAAUCUGCCAAAAUGUCCCAGUAAAUGUAUUGGGAUUUCUGAAGAAAACCUGAAUAAACAAUGAAAAUAAUAAUUUGUAAUUCCAUCACCACUUAUUAUGUGAUUUUCUGGGCACUAGUUAUGUCCAUUAUUUGAGUGGUCCCAUUGAUAUAAUGAAAAAUGGUUCAUUCUUAAUUCCUAUUACUUAGUAUGCCUCCAAUGAUUAAUAUAUGAGAAGUGAGGAUUUUCUUAUAGUUUGAUUAUUUUUGCAUUUGCAUUGUUCAAAUGUUUAUUAAUCACUUUUACAGUUAUUACGACUUUGUUACAAUGUCACAGUUAUGUGUAUUAAUUAGUUUCUCUUCUAAUGUAUGA